GGGGGGCUGUGUUCAUAACUGCAUCCCCUGCAAGAGGAUGGAGUACGAUCACCGUUUCUCCGCGUCACCGCCGCCUACCCCGCCGCUGAAGGCGAAGCACCACCACCUCUGCUUCACGUCCUGUUUCCGCCCCGUCGCUGGUUGCGACGGCGGGGACCCGGAAUCCCCAUACGGGGAGCGCGCCGCCCGGCCGCUGAUCCGAUCGCCCAAGUCGUGGAUCCGAUCCAAGGCGCACGAGCUGCCGGAUAACUGCUGCAAAUGCCGGGCCCUGGUCUCCCACUGCCGUUGGGGGAGGCACCGGCGCCACCACUCCGCCGACUUCAGGUACGACCCCCUUAGCUACGCCCUCAACUUCGACGAGGGGUCCCAGGGCGAGUCUCCCGCUAGCGCCGAGCAGCUCCGGUACCGCUGCUUCUCGUCCCGGCUCCCGGCUUCGCCCCCGCGCGGCAGCGAUGGCGGUGGAUUCGAUGAUCGGAAGAGGGCUCAUGGAGUCGAAGGGAUUGAGGCGCCCCUGCGAUUCACCUAAUUUCCCGGUUCUUUGAGCCUACCGAUCUAAUUGUAGUUGCAAAGAUCGGAUCUUUCUUGCGCUGCCGUCGUUUUCGACCCCGCCGAUCUAAUUAUGGUUGCAAAGAUCGGAUCUUUUCCCCCUAAAUCUCAUGCAAAGAGCAUCGAACUUUCUAAUAAGAAAGAAUGGAUCUUCCCCAAAGGAAGCCUCUUUUAGUUUUGGUGCA